GAAAUCUAGUGAAGUCAACCGCUUUCCUACGCAGUCUCCAGCCAACUGGUACCGGUAGUUUAGCACCCAGUCAACCCCUGAAACACAGAGGCGCUGACGAAACACAGAGAGGGUAUCAUAUCAAGCAAAGCAGCAGCCAAGCGCCAUUCAGGUAUCGUACCAAAACCCGCUCGCUCCUCGGCAAUCUCAUCACAUCCAUCGGAUUUGAUUUGAGUCUGGUCAUAAAAAAAAUCUUGAGCAGCCCACGCUACCCAAAAACACAAGCUAUUUCAUCUACAUCCACCAUACCAUGAUGGUUGUCGAUUUCUCCACACCCACCACUACUGCAGGCGAGCCCCGAUUGAGCAGUUCUACUAGCAGUGCCGAAGAGAGCAUGAGCUCAAUGUUGGGCGACUGCGACAUGUCCUUUGUGUACUAUGUCAAUAACAACCGCAAACAAGUGAAGAAGCUUGUAGAUAUGGACGUGCCGCUACCUCAGACUACCUGGUUUCGCAAUCCCAUUCAUCGCAGCAAGGACCAAGCCAUGGAACGACUCAGUGAUUCCAUCGAAUUGGCACUGAAGGAAUUGGACGAAGUUGCUCAACAACCACAAGCGCCAUCCUUUAGCUUGACUGAAGCCAUUCACGGCAAUAGCGUCAGGAGUCUACAACUCCAGCAGCAGCAAGAAGAAGAAGAUGAUGAUGAAGAGCAAGUCUUUCACAGCAACUACCGAAGACAACGACGACGUGACAACCGCAGACAGCUUUCCUCUCGACAAAAGAAGCCGCUGCCACCACGAGCCUCUUCGGUUCCCACACGCAUCUUUUUGAAACAAACGAGUAGCAACACUUCUGCUACUGCUGACAGAGCAAACCGAAGGUCGUCGUGCAAGUCCACCACCAAUGAGACGAAACAACCACUGGCCCACAUUAAGCGCACACGACGACCGCCUUCGAUUGUCGUUCGUCACAACAGCAGUGGAACACCCAAGCGUCACUCGUGCACAGCCGCAUGAAUGAAUGAGCAGCCAUGGGCCAAGCUACUGUAGAUUUUGCAUCAUCGAGUACAUACAUAACAUGAACAAAUAAUGAACAAAUACUACUCACUAC